UCUCCAACCCUGGAAAGCGUAUUCCUUCCAGCCAGGGAAUACUCUGUUAACGGUGUAUCAAUUAUCAUGGAGCCGGGAUCCGGAAACCAACCACAGACGCCGACGAGGGAGGAGCCGACCGGCCCGGUCCCGUUCAGAGGGGUCCGGAUGAGGAAGUGGGGCAAGUGGGUGGCGGAAGUAAGGCUGCCAAGAAGCCGGAAGAAGCUAUGGCUGGGCUCCUACGCCGACGCCGAGAAGGCAGCGAGAGCCUACGAUGCCGCGUUGUGCUGUCUGAAGGGCCCGAAUGCGGUGCUGAACUUCCCGGAGCGGCGACCGGACAUACCAUCAGCCAGCAAUCUUAGCCUGCUGGAGAUACGGGCUGCAGCAAUGGCGCAUGCUCAUGACCGGCCGAGGAGAUCGGUCGACCAGGCCGGGCCGGCUGAGGCGGGCGAGGUCGGAAGAAUGGAAGUGGCGGUGGUGCCUGGUGAGCCGUCACCAAUUUACUCACCGGAGAUUAAUUUAACGGAGUUACCUGGGGAGUGGAAUCCUGGAAAUGGUAGUGGUGGCGAUGAUGAUCCUGCUGGCACUUAUAGCUCGCCACUUUGGAACCAUGAAACAAGAUUUAACUGAAAACUUAUUCAGAAGGCGACCACACUUAUCUCGAGUGGGAAGUCAGGUAUUUGCUCUUCGCAAUGGGCCGGCUAAAUUAGGCUGAACCCCAACCCAACCCACCUGAUCAAGUUACGCGGCAGCAGUCACCCGUUUUUUUUUUCUUUCUUUUUAUCUUUUCUUUUUUUGAUCAAUGGUUGUGCCGCAGCAGCAAGUACUUUGGCCUUUUGAAGGAGGAGAGCGGCAGCGGCAGUAGCAGUAGAUAGUAAAUUAUUGUGAGCGUUGGUUACAUGGACGUGGACCAGUCCAACAGUCAGUCGCCACCUUAUCCUCAUCCUGUUAUCCACCAUACACGUGUUUCGGGAUUUGGACUAGUCCAUCUAAUUAUAAUUUUUCGUCGGUUCAA